AUGGCUGGAUCCCGAAGGAGUCCGGGGUUGAGAGACGAGUGGAGAAUUGCACAAGGGCCUCAAGACAAUAGUGCUCCUGGUCGUGACUUUGCGCGAGAUCGUGAUCGCGCCACUGAGCAAAGCAGAGGCAGGAAUAGACACCGCGGUAGACAUCGGCCUGGUGGUCCUGAUCAUCGUUCCAGAUCACCGCUAUCAUCACGUCUCGGUCCCCCAUCUGGAUACGAGGACCCAUCGAAACUCCGUGAACCAUCACCUAGAGCUUCGGUACCUUCUCGAGAGAUACCUCCGACUCACCGCGGGCCAUCACUUUCAUCUUCUCGUUCGUUCGCCACCAACCAAGACGUUCGACGAUUCCAAGAAACGAAUGGCCAACUGAUUGGAAAGUUGCCAGGGCAAGACGACGCAUUUGUUGAAAAUUCUUCACAAGGAGGCCGCAAUCGUUCUCCCCGCGGCCCACGUCGAGACCGCAAUCGCAAGACUCGCAACCCCGCGCGUCACGCUCGUGGGCAGUUAAACCAGCGAGGGAAGCCAUCGAAACGAGAACGUUAUCGGGAGAGAAAUUUCAAAGGACAACCAUAUGAGAGCAGGGAGCCUGAGAGAGCUAGAUUCCGUCGAGACUCUGGAGAUACGAUACACCGAUCAAUUAGUCCUGUCUCUGCAUACGGAGGCUAUAACGAGCGUGACCAAUCGCGUCAUUCGCCUGAUUCUAGGCGCUCACGGUCUCCGAUGCCAUUGUCGCCAAAUCGGGACGAUAGAAUGAGCUCGAAUAAAUUCCUUCAACCUGAAGCUGCAGACUUGGGGCGAUCCCCGUCUCCGUCUCGGUCGAUAUUUGCUCCAGAAGCUGAAGCCCGUGAUAGCUUCGAUAAAGCUUACGUGUCUGAAUCGUUUCCUAGGCGUGGGAUGACCAACGCCAAACAACAGUCGAACUCGCAAUAUCCUCCAUCACACCCACGUCUGGAAAGCAGACAGUAUACCCCCCCACAAUUCGUGGCAUCUAAUAGCUCAUAUCACGGCUCUCCAGAACCUGGAUCACCCCGUUCAAGCGGUAGGGGUGGCCGAAGCAGCCAUUCAGGGAACUUCUCGCGACACGGGAGUUUUUCGCCCCAUCAAGCACAUUCACAAGGAUUAUACCAUCAAAGUCAAGGCCCAAAUCCUAACACCAUGUCCAUGACCCACACAAGCACUCCGCAACGUGGAGGCUAUCAUCGUGGCGGCUAUCAGGAUCGUCGAUUUCCCAAUCAUAGCCCUCCUAGCUUCAAUAGACCAGGCUCUCAUCGUGGCAGAGGUCAUUUCAAUAACCUGCAAUGGGUUGCAUCGGGACCCGGAAAUCGAUUAGAGCAGCAGGGCUCACCUAUUUCACAUAAUCGUUCUGGUUCGAAUACACCACAAUAUCAACAUUCUCAGUCGAACGAAGAACUGCCAUUCGGGGGUCAUCAAGAUGAUGUCCCUAGGUUCUCAGGAAAUGUGCAUAUGGCUGAUUCUCAAUCUAAACCAAAUUCAGAGAAUGGAGACGUUCAAAAGAUGCCUCCGCCUACGCGAGAGCCUACUAGUACAUUGACCACACCAGCCAAAGAAGGGGGCAAAUUUAGCUUUGCCUUCAAAUCGAAAGCAAACCUUGCACCUCCCCCAAAGCCUGUCCCAGAUUUAGCUCAGAGAAUGCAAGUCCGUGAACCGCCUCGAGCCCCAGGACUGUCUUCACGGGCGCCGGAGCCGUCACCUCGCAAUAGAUUGUCUGGACCACCGCCACCGCCGAACUAUAAACAAGAUUAUAGACCCGACCGGAAAGACCGAGACCGGGAGUUUCACCGUGGACGAGGAGGCAGGGAUGACAGGCGGGAUUUCCAUCCUAGAAACCCGCGCGACCAGCGAAGAGAAGACCGCCGUUUCGAUCCUCGCGAAGCUCGACGUCGCGAUGAUCAUCGACCUAACUUUAAAUAUGAGCGUCGGCGGGACAGAUCUCCCGAGCCCAAGAGACAACAGAGGAUCAUCAAGCGUCUUAAGCCUCGACCGGUAUUACCAGAGGAAUUUCGAAAUUCCGACUCGGUAUAUUAUCGCAAACCUGGGGAUGAAUCUGUCAUCGGUGCUGGAACAUACGGAAAAGUUUUUAAGGCAAUACAUAUAUAUACGCAGGACAAAGUCGCUCUGAAGAGAAUUCGAAUGGAAGGAGAAAAGGAUGGAUUUCCUGUAACCGCAGUGCGUGAGAUCAAGUUACUACAACACUUGCGACAUGAUAAUAUCGUCAGCUUGCUUGAGGUGAUGGUGGAAAAGAACGAAUGUUUCAUGGUGUUUGAGUAUUUGUCGCAUGAUCUGACUGGAUUGAUUAAUCAUCCUACUUUUACGCUAACAGAGUCGCACAAGAAAGACCUUGCAAAGCAAAUGUUUGGGGGUCUUCAAUAUCUUCAUCAUCGUGGUGUACUCCACAGGGAUAUCAAAGCUGCCAACAUACUGAUCAGCAAUCGCGGUCUGUUGAAAUAUGCGGACUUUGGAUUGGCGCGUUUCUUCUCCAAGAGCCAUCAGCUAGACUAUACAAACCGUGUUAUCACAAUAUGGUAUCGACCUCCCGAGCUACUCCUUGGGGAUACCCGCUAUGGACCUGCUGUCGACAUUUGGAGCGCCGCGUGUGUAUUCAUGGAGAUGUUCACAAAGAAAGCAAUAUUUCCAGGAGACGGCAAAGAACUCAGCCAACUCAAUAAACUCUAUGGCUCUCUGGGAACACCAACGCGAACCGACUGGCCCGGGAUUGUAGACAUGCCUUGGGUUGAAUUGAUGGGUCCCACGGAGAGGAAGAAAAGGGUUUUUGAGGAUACCUAUCGAGACUUUAUCAGUCCGGGCGCACUCGAUUUGGUGUGCCAAAUCUUUCAGUAUGACCCUGCAAAACGGCCAACGGCAGACGAGGUGCUCGCCCACCCUUAUUUCACAGCUGAAGAGCCAGGCCCUCAACAGGCUACUGAGCUCGAGAACAUUGAGGGUGACUGGCACGAGUUCGAGUCGAAAGCACUACGCAGGGAGCGAGAUAGAGAGGCUCGAAGAGACAGGGAAAAGGAAAAGGAAAAGCGAAGAGCGAGCACUGGACCUCCUCAAGAGGCAGAACGGGAUCGCAAACGGCAACGACAAGGAGGCGAUGUUGCCCAAAACCAUGAAUGA